UCUCACAAUUAAUGCUACUCAACGGCUCUCGACAGCUCAUGCGAUAACUAAACAGAAUCGUGCAGUUUCAAAUACCGAUUUUCCGAUUAUAUCAGCAAUCGAUAACGUAAUCGUUGUACAUACAGAUCUAUGGAAUAGUAUGGCCAAUCGUCACCUUUUAUACCUCUUGAUUACUUACCGUCAACGAAACACGCCGAUAAUAAAACCACACACAAAUAGAUAUACGUUCCACGAGCACUAUCGUUUACAGAUAGAAGCCAAUCGGAAUUGCGAUACCAUGUGUAUGCGAAAUAGUACAUAUCGCUCUACAGAUGGGUUAGUCUUCGUGCAACUCCGCCGGGUAAAAUAGUUACAUCUUACAGCUUACAGAUUGCAACGUUGCAAACGAAUAAAAUAAAACCGUGCAGUCGAAUUCGUGUCGAUAUCGUGUUAUUAGUCGACUGAAUCAUCAACUUAAUCCACUUUAUCUACCUUUUUCAUUCCAACGAAAACACUACAUAUCGUUAUCAUAGUGCAGAUAACUGACGCGUUACAGAACUAUCCGUGCAAGUUGCCCGAGUUACGUUACGUUUUAAAUUUUCUUCCAUAGUAAUCGCGAAAACAGGAAAUCGUCGACGCGAAUCUCCAAUUUCUUUGAGGGAAAUCAUAAUUUAUAGAUACAUCAGUUGUCGGCGCGUAAAACGAAAGAACGAAAAGAUCUACUAUGACAAACUUUGGAGCGCUGUUAUUCGCGAUUGUUAUGUGCCAUGAAUGGAGCCGAUCCGAAGCUCUGGAUGUAAAAAUAUCGAAACUGUGCGUUUCCCAAAGCUCCUGUCAGGAUUGUCUCGAGGCCAACUCCUUUUGCGCAUGGUGCAGCGACUGGUCUUAUUCAAACUCGACACUCGCUCAAUCAAGAUGCAACGAGGCAAAGAUGUUAAAGGCGUUUGGUUGCCCAGAGAAAGAAAUUCUUACCGCUGAACCGGAAUCGAUCAAGCUCGUGGAGAAUUCCAACUUUCAAGAUGCGGAUGUAGUAGGGCAAACACCCGUUCAAUUAAGACCGCAGAGAGUACAAGUUAAAAUUAGGCCCAAUUCGAAAAUAACGGUACCACUCUCUUAUCGGCCAGCCAAAAAUUAUCCUCUGGAUCUUUACUACCUGAUGGAUCUAACGUGGUCGAUGAGGGAUGACAAAGAGACCCUGGUCAGCCUAGGAUGGAACAUGACUACUACGAUCAACAAAUUCACUAGCAAUUUUCUUAUCGGAUUCGGCAGCUACGCGGACAAGCCGUUGAUGCCAUAUGUUCUCCCCGGGCAUGAGGAUAAUCCUUGUAAAAGCGAGCACGCGCGUUGCGCGCCCCUCUAUUCUUUUCAACAUCAUUUGAUGCUAACCGACGAUAUCAAGCAGUUCAUUGAAAAAGUAAACUACAGCUCCGUAACUGGGAACGCCGACAAUUUAGAAGGAGGAUUGGACGGAAUCGUUCAAGCGAUUGUAUGCGAAAAAGAGGUCGGCUGGCGACAACAAGCGCGAAAAAUCAUACUAGUGGCUACCAAUGGGUUAUUGCAUUUUGCUGGCGAGGGAAAGCUAGGUGGUGCCGUGAGUCGGCAAGACUUGAAAUGCCACCUCGACAAACAAAGACGAUAUUCGUUGGCCACGAAAUACGAUUACCCCUCCUUAGAAGAGGUGUGGAGAUUGCUGCAGAGGAAGAAAGUAAAUUUGAUAUUCGCCGUAACGGAAGAUCGACGUCCCGAGUACGAGUUGAUGGCAGCUCUGUUGGAGGAAAAGGCGGAAGUCGCGACGUUAACGAGCGACAGUUCCAACAUUUUAGAAAUCAUCGAGAAUUCCUAUUACAAGCUGAUCUCGAGAGUUGUGUUGCGCGACAAUUCAUCGAGCCCGCUUCGUUUGGAGUACUUUUCCAACUGCGGAGGAGAGAACGCUUGCGACGGGGUUCGAGAAGGCCAAGAAUACAACUUUGAGCUUGUUUUCUCUUUCGACAAGUGUCCAAGAAACGAGAGUCUCUGGAAACAAACAGUCGUGAUCGAGGACGCGUUGGCAUCCGAAGCAUCCAGAAUGGUGAUCGAGGUUCAACUCCUCUGCGGCUGCAAUUGCGAACACACCGACAGCUCGCGUUGUCGUCAUGGAACGAACGAAUGCGGUUUAUGCAAAUGCGAUAUCGGAUGGACUGGGGAUGACUGCAAUUGCGACGAAACAUCACCAGUGCAGAAUAGAUUGCAAUGCGUCGGGCCAAACGCGACAAAUACUUGCUCUAAAAGAGGCGAAUGCAUUUGCGGGAGUUGCGUUUGCGACAAAGGAUACAGAGGACAGUUUUGCGAAUGUUCCGCGUGCGACAAGUGGAAGGGAGUGGAAUGCGCGGGCAUAGGAACGUGCAAUUGCGGUGUUUGUCAGUGUAUAAAAGGGUGGAAAGGAAACGCCUGCCAGUGUCCUUCGAACGAUUACCCCUGCAUCGCACCAGGAACCGAAAACGUGUGCUCCGAUCACGGAUAUUGCGAUUGCGGAGAAUGUCGAUGCAACGUUACCGCAACAGACGGUUCGUAUUACAGAGGUACUUAUUGCGAAUCAUCGAUCAGUGUACGUGGAAGUAUGCUAUGCCCCCUCUACAACCCUUGCGUGAACGCUACCAUAGAAAACCCUCGGACGAUAGACCAAUAUUGUCGAACAAACGUUUCCGAUUACAGUACCGAAAGAGUUGACUCCGUAGAUGUAGGAAACGUACACUACUGUUUCGUGAAGGUAACGAAAGAAGGACAAACGUGCAUCAUACACUAUGUGUACGAGUUUCAAAAAAAUAACGGUGUCCUUUUAAAAAUUGGGGAGAAGACAUGCAUCACUCCGAUAAACGCAGCAGUCAUUUCGUCUACGAUCACCAUUCUAAUAUUGUUCGUUGGACUUGGUUGCUUGUUAAUUUGGAAGUGUUGGACUUCCAUAAAAGACAGACAGGAAUACGAGAAAUUCGAGCUAGAACGGAAAAAAGCUAUGAAUAAUUUGACAGAAAAUCCUUUGUUCAAAUCUCCUAUAAGUAAAUUUAGGGUUCCGUCGCUAUAUAAAGAGGACUGACGAGUGCGCCUAGUGAAAACAAAGAAAAACACUGAAACAGUUAACUCACGAUGUAAAACAGUAU